UCUUUAUAUAUUUUACUCAUAUCUCUAAAACAUAUUAUUCAGAAGCGAAACCUAACAAGAGAAACAGAUUGUGGUCUACGGUUCUUUCAAUAUUAUGGAGUGUACUUGCCCUAAAAAGUUUUUCCUGUUCUUGCUAUCAUUGAUAGCAACUCUAUUUAUUAUUUUUUUGUGCUACUGGAUAGCAACUCUAUUCAGUAUUAAAAACCACGGUCCCGUAAACAUGGUAACAACGACGAACGUCGGCUUAAACUACGGCCUCCUCGGAGACAACCUCCCGUCUCCGUCCGAAGUUAUCAACCUUUACAAGUCCAUAGGCAUUACUAAAAUCCGAAUCUUCGACCCAAACACAGAGGUUCUCAACGCCUUACGUGGUCACCACGAAAUCGAACUCACUGUGGGCAUCAAGGACCAAGACUUGGCUCCUCUUGCGGCCAGCGAAGAAGCUGUUAACGGUUGGUUCGCAACUAACAUCGAGCCUUACUUAGCUGACGUGAACAUCACGUUUAUUACCGUUGGUAACGAAGUCAUCCCCGGACCAAUUGGUCCUCAAGUGCUUCCCGUCGUGCAGUCUCUCACCAACCUAGUUAAGUCCAAGAGUCUUCCUAUCUCCGUCACCACUGUUGUGGCUAUGUCCAACCUCGGACAGUCUUACCCACCUUCAGCAGGAAUGUUUACGCCUCAGUCACGUGAACAACUCGUGCCCGUGUUGAAGUUCUUGUCUCAAGCAAGAACACCGAUCCUCGUCAACAUCUACCCUUACUUCGCUUACGCGUCCAACCCCGUAAACAUAAGCAUCGACUACGCCACCUUCAACGCCAAAACUGUGGUGGUCGAGGACGGGGCAAUGCAGUAUACAAACAUGUUUGAUGCUAUUUUCGACGCGUUCGUGUGGGCAAUGGAGAGAGAGGGUGUGAAGGAUGUGUCUAUGGUUGUGUCGGAGACGGGAUGGCCUUCCGCAGGUAACGGUGACUUGACAACGCCGGAGAUAGCGGCUAUGUACAAUGGAAACUUUGUCAAGCGUGUGAGAAGCGGGAAAGGGACUCCCAAGAGGCCGAACUGUGGCAUUGAUGGGUUUAUAUUUGCGACUUUUAACGAGAAUGAGAAACCAGUUGGAACAGAACAGCACUUUGGCUUGUACGAGCCUACUGAUUUGAAGCCUAUCUACCAGUUGUUUUGAUUUUUCGAUUCUUGAUCCUUUUGACUAUAACCAGUUCAUUCGUUUUAUUUAGAUAUAACUCUCUGAUAUUUUAAAUAGAGUGGGAGUG